AUGUCCGGCGACGACCACCGCCGUCAAGCAGUCCCCGACGACGGGAGAGACGAUGUGCGGGAGAUACCAGUCUCCGACGGCUCGUCGGCGGAGCACAAGGAGUGGCUCAAGGAGGUGCGCGGGUGGCUAGUCGUGCUGGCCACCCUGGCGGCGUCGGUGACGUAUCAGGCGGGGCAGAACCCUCCCAGCGGGGUCUGGCAGCACAGCAGCGGGCACCUCGCCAGCAACCCGGUGCUGCACGACGGCAAGUUCGUGAGGCGCUACCUGACGUUCUACUACUUCAAUGCGACGGCGUUCGCAACGUCGCUGGUGAUCAUCAUCCUGCUCCUCAACGAGCGGUUCUACAAGUCGGAGGCCAAGGUGGCGGCGCUCACGCUCACCACCAUGGUCGACCCCAUGAGCCUCGUCGGCGCCUACAUCGCCGGCUCCACGCGCGACAUGGCCAACUCCAUCUACAUCAUCGUGCUCACCUGCUUCCUCUUCGUCUGCGUCGUCUACAUCGCCAGGUAUCUGCCGGUCCCCUAUGGUAGGGUGCUGCCGAUCCCUUUGCUUCAUCGUGCUCUGCAUGUCACCGUCGCUAUACUGGCUGGCCAAUAA